CGUGUUCUCUCGUCAUGAGCCGUGUGAGGGGCGCGGAGCAGCACUCGGCAACGUACUACUUCCUCAUCGACUAUGUGUUCCCCUCGCUGUGGUAUGGGACCAACAUAGCGAUCAUUUACAUGUCGUUCAAGUACUUUGCCCUUGUCUUUGGCUCGCUCGGCCUUCUCCUCACCAUCAUCGCCGUCUCGGCCACGGCGGGGCUGGGAUGGCUUGUGGAGAGCGGAAAUGUAGGUGCGGCUCUGAUGGCGCCAGCGUUUGUCUGUGAGCCGGGCGACUGGGAGCGGUUGGCUGGCGGUGGCGGCGGCGGAGACGGACGGACCGGGAACAAGGCGUCGACCUCGCUGACGCGGAGCGAGUCAAUGAGCGCAUCGCUGGGCGAUGACGACAGCCUGCCGGGCAUUUCUGUCCUCAAGCCGCUCUGCGGCGUCGACUCGAUGCUGGAGACGAACCUGGAAACGUUUUUCCAGCUCGAGUACCCAGAGGCCAAGUUUGAGCUUGUGUUCUCGGUGACUGAAGCGACGGAUCCUGCCCUCGAGGUGGUGCGGAGCCUGAUGGUCAAGUACCCCAAAGUACAUGCGAGCAUUGUGGUGGCAGACCCGCAAGUGGGGUACAAUCCCAAGCUCAACAACCUCAUCGUGCCGUUUGACCGUGCUGAGUUUGACCUCUGCCUCUGCUCAGACUCGAACGUGUACGCCGAGCCUGAUCUGCUGACGCUGUUUGCGAGCGAGUUUGACGACGACGUCGGGUUUUUGCACCAGAUGCCUGUGGUGAGCAAGCCCGGCUCGUGGGGCGCAUGGCUUGAGUACACGUACGUCAACGCGACGAUUCUCCCCAUGUUCAUUGUGGGCACGCUCACGCCUUUCCCGUGCGUGUGGGGCAAGUCAUUUGCCAUCCGGCGGUCGGACGUCAACUCGCCGCACAUUGGCGGCCUCGCUUCGUUCGGCAACUGCAUUGCCGAGGAUCUGGCCAUUUCGACGGCCAUGCACGCCAUGCGGCUGCGGGUCAAGCUGAUGCGGCGGACGGUGGUGCAGCGGCUCGGCGUAUGGUCGUUUACCCAGUUCUGGGAGCGGUCAACCCGGUGGCUCAAGUACCGCAAGGCCAUGGGCGUGGUCAUGGGCGGCUUUACCCUCGAGUGGGUCUUCUACGGGCCGGUCAUUGCCCUCUUUGCCGGCCUCUCGUGGGCGUGGCUGAUGGGCGGCUCGUUUGUGCUGCCGGCACUCAGUGCCUUUGCGCUCCUCGGCCUCCUCGCCUACGCCUUUGUCCGCCACAUCGACAACACGCUGGCCGGCCCGCCGUCGCCGCUCCGGUUUGCCGCCUCGUGGAUCGCCGUCCAGGCUCUUCUCAUCCCCAUGUGGAUCACGGUUAUGCUCUCGCGGCGCGACUUGCAGUGGCGCGGCAAGGCCAUUACUCUCGCACCCAACUCGCAUCUCCCGGUCAAGAAGGAGCGAUAAACCUGAAAUCGUGGCUG